AAACCAGUGCCUUACUUUAAGAUUUGUGGUAGAUAGUAGAUUUAGCAAAAUUCGUGAAACAUGUUUCCCAAGAAAUUUAUUUUGCAAGUAGUAUUUAAGAAAGUACUAGAUUCAACUUCAUAAUAAUUGAAGCUGUACCUUUGUUAGUUUUCAAGUAACGAUAAAUUACUAACUCCCAGAAAUCUUUAGCCAGAAAAAAAAGCUGUUUUUAUUGAGCUGAAAGCAACUACAGUAUCAAGCAACCUCUCCUUCAACCCUCUAUACUUUCUCUACAACAGUUUGAAUUGCAUAAUGAAAGUGAUGGGAUCGCAAACUGCUUAUUCUGCCAAGAUGUUUGGAGCCGAUUCUCGUCGCAUCGUAAAUGAGCAAAGAACAUCCCUAUUGUUGCCAAAGACUGUAAAACUUGCAAGGAAAUUUGCAGCAAAUGACAGUAUUAGAAUGAUGCAACAUUGUGUCAAUCUUCCUCAACUAAGCUUAUCUCCAACUAGGAAACUGUUUCACUGCCACUCAUUGUUACAGUCAGAGGUUGGAGCAGGAGCUGAAACAACAGAGCUCUACAAGUCGGUUUGUGUGAAAUUUCCGGUGGAGAAAGAGUGCCAAUUUGGUGAUCAAAUUCUUAUAGUAGGCGAUGACCCAAUUCUGGGGUCAUGGAACCCAUCAGAGGCCAUACCAUUCAACUGGUCAGAAGGCCACAUCUGGAGUCUGUUUUUGGUAAGAGUCUAUAGGAAUUGGAUAUACAUAUGCAAAUUAGCAACCAAAAAAUUGUGAUAGAUUUUCUUCUUCUGCUCCCGUGUUUGUUAGGAAUUGCCGGUUGGGAAGCCUAUCCAGUAGAAAGUCUUGCAUAAGAACAGCAUGGGUGAAAUCAUGUGGCAACCUGGUCCAGACAGGAGUUUCCAGGCAUGGGAGACCAAGAAUGUUAUAACUGUGACUGAAGAAUGGGAUAAUGCAGAAGCACACAAUAUAAGUGAAGAGCAACAAGCUACCAAAGAAAAUGAAGAACUUAUACUUGACACAUUGGAGGAACCAUCUAUUCCAGAUUCAGACAAUAUGGCCCCAACAAAAGAAGUGGCAGUGGGAAAAGGUUUUGAAAGACAGGCAAAGGCAGAUAAAAAUUCAGCUGAACUAGGAGACGGAGGGAAUUUGGUUCCCCUCGAUGAAGGUCCGGUCCUUGUGCCAGGCUUGACUCAGUUAGUAUCAUCUUCUAAAGAAGAAAAUGCUUAGAAAAACUAAAAGUUAGUUCUCACCGAGAAUAAUUUAGUGCUGACGCACCUGGAGACAAGAAUAAAGCAGAUUGCAGAUGUACCACUUUGAUUAAGAAGUAUGAAUACUAGUAGCAAUAAAAUUUCCCUUUGUUAUGAGGAAACAAGCCAUUAAUUGAUAACGU